CGGCACAGCGCGGCUCGGCUCGGCGCGGCGCGGGCUGGCGGCGGCAGCGGCUCGGUCGGCAGCGCCCACGUACCCGCCGCCGGGCAGCAGCCUUCCCUCCCGCCCCCCGCCCCCCUUCCUCUUCCUCCGGGACUCUCCGCUGGGAUCAGCCCGUCGCCGCUGUUGUUGUUGGCCGGUGCUGCCACAUCGAGGAUAUCUUGGCUCCCGGAGAGGCAGCGGCGCCUCUUUUUUUGGACUCUGCGUGUGGUGCCGGUGCCGCCGCCGCCGCUGCCGGGGAGGGACGCGGAGGAGCGGGCGAGCACCGGGCUCGGGAGCCAGAUGAGUGAUUUUGGGAUCAGGAACAUGGAUCAAGUAGCUCCUGUGUCUAACAUGUACAGAGGAAUGCUCAAGCGUCAGCCAGCGUUUGACACCUUUGAUAGCUCAAACUCUCUCUUUGCUGGAUAUUUUUUCUCACUAAAUGAAGAUCAAACCCUUCAGGAAGUGCCAACAGGAUUUGAUUCAACUUCAUAUGAGACGAACAACUGUGAAUUGCCUCUGUUAACCCCAUGCAGUAAGGCUGUGAUGAGUCAAGCCUUGAAAGAUACUUUCAGUGGUUUCACAAAGGAACAGUGUCGGCUGGGUAUCCCAAAUAAUCCCUGGCUGUGGACUGAACAGCAAGUGUGCCAAUGGCUUUCAUGGGCUACCAAUGAGUUUAGCUUGGCAAAUGUGAACUUCCAUCAGUUUCUUAUGAGUGGCCAAGACUUGUGCAACCUGGGCAAGGAGCGUUUCCUGGAACUGGCACCUGACUAUGUGGGUGAUAUUCUGUGGGAACACCUGGAACAGAUGAUAAAAGACAGCCAAGAGAAAACACAGGACCAAUAUGUGGAGAACUCUCAUCUCACCUCAGUUCCUCACUGGGUCAAUAAUAAUUCCUUAACUGUUAAUGUAGAUCAGAACUCCUAUGGUGUGCAAAUGCCUGGAUACCCUAAAGCCCUUGGUUAUCCCAAACCCAGUCUCCUGACUGAUGUCUGUCAGACUUCCACAGGACCGAAUCUCCUCAGUCCAGAACAAGAGUUUUCAUUGUUCCCUAAAACCCAAGCAGAUACUGUUGGUGUGAACUACUGUGCAGUAAAUCAAGAUUUCCCAAGAAGCAAUCUGAACUUGCUUAUAGAUAAUUCUGGUAAGCUUAGAGAACAUGAAUCUAGUGACAGUGGUGCAGAAAGUUAUGAAAGCUCAGAUUCGAUGCUACAGUCCUGGAACAGCCAGUCGUCAUUAGUGGAUUUACAGCGUGUGCCAUCCUAUGAGAGUUUUGAAGAUGACUGUAGCCAGUCAUUGUGCCUGAGCAAACCUACAAUGUCUUUCAAAGACUAUAUUCAAGAACGAAGUGAUCCUGUAGAGCAAGGGAAACCAGUUAUACCAGCAGCGAUUCUAGCUGGCUUUACCGGCAGUGGACCUAUACAGCUAUGGCAGUUUCUUCUGGAGUUACUGACUGACAAGUCCUGUCAGUCAUUCAUUAGUUGGACAGGAGAUGGUUGGGAAUUUAAACUUGCUGACCCAGAUGAGGUGGCACGGAGGUGGGGAAGGAGAAAAAACAAGCCAAAAAUGAACUAUGAGAAGCUCAGCCGAGGCCUACGCUACUAUUAUGACAAGAACAUCAUCCACAAGACUUCAGGGAAACGCUACGUGUAUCGCUUCGUGUGUGACCUGCAGAACCUGCUGGGGUACACAGCAGAAGAGCUGCAUGCAAUGCUGGGGGUGCAGCCUGACACGGAGGACUGAGCCUGAUGAUGUGAUGCUGCAGGGGCAAAGAUCAUGUGUUGGGACUGUGUCUAGGAACCAUCUGCAGUCAGUUCUGGCUGUUCAGAUGCGUGCAACUGUUGGGAAAUAAGGACCUUCACCGAUUUUGUAACCAGGGAGAGCUGGAAGGAAGUGGCCUUAUUUCAUCAGUGGCUUUGGGUGUUGCCAUGUCAGGCACUUGAGCAGCAUGGAAGUCAGCACAGACCCUAGCUCUGUCAUGAAGACAUGGAAAUGCUCUUGGUUUAAGCAUUUCGACUACCUGUACUGUCGUAUAAAGUGUUUUGGCUACUUACACUGCCAUGUAAUAAUGGGUUGGCUUUAAAACCAAAGGUUGGAUGAGAAACCAGUUAUGCAGAUGUUUUUAAAAUACCAUCAUCCUUGCUUAUGUCUUGUAUCAUGCAAUUUAUUUAAAAAAACUAAUUUAUUUUAAAUUAGCAGCAAGGAGAAUAAAUUUUAGUUUUGUUUUAAAGUACGUUUUAUUAGUUGUACUCCAGAAAUGUGCUGCCUAGGUACAUAAACACUCUAUGUCCAAAACCAGAUGUAGCAACUGUUGGCAAAAAAACCCAACCAACCACAACCAACCAACCAACAAACAAAAAACCCAAGAAAAACAACCCCAAAACCCUUUCAAAGAAGGGAAGGAAAAAUCAUACCAUUUCAAUAUUCACUUUGUAUAUAUUCUGUGAUUCUUUUUGAAACUCUGUAAUGUUCCUAUUUAACAGAUACUGUAUAGUGUAAAUUAAUUGUAUGUGUGUUCUGAGAUAGGAUGAAUGUAAACUUAUCAAAUGGUUUUUUCAUGUUUGUCUAGGAUAUACAACUUUCUGCAAAUAUUUAAUUGGCCUGAGACACAACAUAAGUACUCAGUAUGCAUGCAUAUGGUAUGCCUAUGGUAUGAAAUGGGGGGGGGGGGGGGGGGGGGGCGGGGCUGGCUCAGUAUUUUGCCAAGACUGAAGCUGGCAAUUCUUUGUGCAUUUUUGGCAUUUUUACAAGAAACUGAUGUUAUAUUCUGGGACAUAAAGGGCCUGUUUGUGGUUUCUUCUGUAACUGAAAAUGAAAAUAUUAAUACGGAUAAAAUUACCUUUUUUCCUUUAUAAAUGGCAUAUGUUUUUCAACUUCUAUGCAUGUCCUUUUAAGAAAAUUUAUAUACAAGCCUUAUUUUUUCAGUUGACUUGUCUCUUCUUCCUGCAGUUUAUCCUGUAUGAUUAAAAUAUGAAUUCUAUUUUUGGAAAUAACUGUGACUCCUUUUCAAAGAUCAGGAGGGAUUUAUGUAGCAGCUAUUUUUACUGCAAAAAAAAAGAAAAAAUUCACUGGAAAAAUGUACUUUAAGAAAGCUUUAUUUUUUAUCUGAGCUUGAUGUACAUUUAAAUGUGUUGUAUGGUGUAAGAGGUUUAAAAAUGAGCCUUCAUAAAAACCUCUUGGACAAGAAAAA